AGCUUCACAGAUAAUAGAAAUGCAUUGAUCAUAUAAUCAUUUAGCUAUAAAAGUUUCUUAUCUGACACAACAUUUUAAAUAUGAUUUAUGAUUUUACACUGACAAAAUGUGAUAUUAGCAGGAUAAACCAGGCACUUCAGCUCCAUCACUGCAAUGGGGGAUUAUUAUGACAUUUUGGAAUAUCCAAUGAGAGUGAUUUCUCUGGUCGUCUUCUACCUGACCUUGAUCCUCGGUGUUCCUGGAAAUGUCUUUGUCGUGUAUGUUGCUGGAUUGAAGAUGAAGAGGACUGUUAAUACAGUAGGGUUUCUCAAUCUAGCGAUUGCCGACCUCUUGUGCUGCCUUUCCACUCUUUACUAUGUGAUCGAGAGCAAUUUUGAUGAUUACUGGCCGUACGGAUCCAUAACAUGCAAGAUUCUCCAGUUCGUUACCCACAUCACCAUGUUUGCCAGUGUUUUCAUCUUGAACUUGAUUAGUCUGGAUCGGUUUACUCAGGUGAUCACACCGGUUUGGGCUCAGAAUCAUCGCAGCCUGUUCAUCGCACGACUGUCCUGUGCAGGGGCCUGGAUUCUGGCUUUAAUUCUCAGUCUGACUUUUAUGAUGUCAAAAGAGACUUACAAAAAAAAUAGUAAAACAAACUGCAAGGAUUAUGAAACUGAUUCAGACAAUUCUGAAAUGUAUAGAAGGAUAAGCGUCAUCAGAUUUGUGUUUGGCUUUUUGAUUCCUCUCAUAUGCAUCACAACAUGCUACGGAUUCAUUGCACGCAAGUUAGGCAGAAGUCAUUUUCACUCUGGACGAGCGUUUCGCAUCAUGUUGGCUGUAAUUGUGUCAUUUUUUCUGUGCUGGCUGCCGUAUCACAUAGUGGAUUUGAUAAUAAUGUACGGAGAGGAAUCAAAUUCCUCGGUAGCUUUGGCACUGGAUCCGCUGGCCGUCUCUUUGGCGUAUUUCAACAGCUGCCUGAACCCCAUUCUGUAUGUUUUCAUGGGGCAGGAUUUUAAGAGCAACGUUAAACUUUCUCUAAGACGUGUUUUUGAAAGAGUUUUCUCUGAGGAGGGAACACAAAUGACACACACCACCCAGUCACAGCAAACCCACUCGCUGUAGUGAAGAUAUGAUCUCAUUCAGUUUUCUGAUCGAAUUGUAAAACUAUUUCAUUAUUUAUUUUCAAAAGUCAUCAAGUCAAACUCAGCAAGUUAUCUAACUUGUAUUCAUGAUUCCUGUUUUUUUUCACUCUCUCUAUUUUUUUAAACAUAUUUUUAUUUGUUACUAUGCUUUAUUAUUAUUUGGUUGUAAUCAUCUUUGAAAAAGCUUGUAAUAUUUCACUAAUAGUGGCAUGUGGUUUCUACGCAUAAAUUAUGAAGAAAAAAAAAUGAAUUACAUAAUUUAAAGGUUGAAUUUGUGAGUACAACAGAAACAUUUUAUUUUACUUAUACAUAUUACAGUGAUUGUCAUUUUAUAAUUGCGCUGUUAUUUUUUCACUGUUGUGUUAUGCUGUUACCAUAUGAUAACUUAAAGCAAAGUUUUAUAAAUAAAAAGCAAAAUAGAGCAGUUUAAAUUGAUAACUUUUGUAAUGUUCAUUAAACAUUAAAUUCACUUAUUUGAAUUUUUACUUUUGAAUAAAGAUUGUU